AUGACCCUGAUCUGCCUCGGUUGCCCGACCGUCGACCCGUCGACGCAGAAGGCGCUCGCCCUCCCGAUCGUCAACCCGCUCGACCGCCAUGGCCGCAUCUUCUUCUUCGCCUGGCUCUCGUUCCUCCUGUCGUUCAUGUCGUGGUACGCCAUGCCGCCGUUGCUCAACGCGACGAUCAAGCAGGACCUCGGCCUCACCGACAACGAGGUCGCCAACUCGACCAUCCUCGGCGGCGUCGCGUCGCUCCUCGUGCGCCUCAUCGCCGGACCGCUCUGCGACCGCUUCGGGCCUCGUUACGUCCUCAUCGGUACCCUGUUCCUGUCGGCCAUUCCGUGCGGGUGCGCGGGCCUCGCCAAGGACGCCCUCGGGCUCGGCUUCGUAAGAUUCUUCAUGGGCGUCGCCGGCGCCGCCUUCGUCCCCUGCCAGGCCCUCAUGGCUGCUUGGUUCGACAAUAGCGUCAUCGGGACUGCGUCAGCGUUCGCGGCGGGUUGGGGCGAUGCAGGCGUCGGCGUCACCUUUUUCGUCAUGCCGGCCGUCUACGAGUCGUUCCUCGGCACGCACGACCACCCCGAGCGCAUCGCCUGGCGCCUUUCCUUCCUCGUCCCCUGCAUCCUCCAGAUCGUCUGCGGCCUCGCCGUCCUCUUCCUGAGCGACGACACGCCGACGGGCCCGUGGUCGUCCCGCAACCUCGAUAUGUCGCGCCGGCCGAGCGUCGCCCCGAUCCUCCAGGACCUGCGCUCGAGCAACUCAUCGAUGACGAUGACGCCGCAUGCGACGCUCGACCUCGAGAAGGGCCAGGCGACGACGGCCGAGGUGCAGCGCCGUGGGUCCGAGGCGCCGACACUCGCCGACGCGCAGCAGGGCCACUCGUCGAAGCCGAGCAAGAAGCAGAUCGUCGGCGACCUGUGCUGCCUGCAGACGCUCAUGCUCGCGGCGGCCUACUUCUCGACGUUCGGCCUGGCGCUCCUCGUCAACGCGGUCCUCGUCAACUGGUUCAUGGCGCCCACCAAGUUCGGCUGGUCGCAGAGCCUUGCGACCGACUGGGCGUCCAUGUUCGGUCUCCUCAACUUUGUCACGAGGCCGUUCGGCGGGCUCACGGGCGACCUCCUGUACCGCCGCUUCGGCGAGCAGCGUGGCCUCGUCGCCAAGAAGUUCUGGAUCAGCUUCCUCGCCGUCGGCGGCGGCGCAUUCGCCCUCCUGAUCGGCCUUCUCAACCCGUCCUCGCCCGCCGUAUUCCUCGUCCUCAUCGCCAUCCUCGCCAUUUUCAUCGAGGCCGGCAACGGAGCCUGCUACGCGCUCCUGCCGCACGUCAACCCUCACGUCAAUGGCCUGAUGGGCGGCAUCGUCGGCGGGUCAGGCAACCUGGGCGGCAUCGUGUACACGACGGUGGCUCGUCACAGCUCGUUCCACAAGACGCUGUGGACCACCGGCCUCACGAGCCUCGUUAUUGGCGUCGCCAUUGCCUUUGUCCACCCCGUCGUGCCGCAGAACCGCCGCACGCUGCACGCGUAGGCGUCGCGAGGCUCACGGACCCUCUCCAGCUUGACCACCUCAGACCCGUUUGAUACCCCUCCCUCCUGCGGCCUGUCGUACAUACAUCCACUCUUCAUUACUGUCGAACUAGAAAUGCCUCGUCCUUUUGUAGCACUCUGCGACGAGCAGCACGCUUCCGUCGAGCAGGUCUCGCGGUCUCC